AUGGUCCAGUUUGCCAAAAAGCUCGCGGCUGCCCAGCGACCGGAAUGGAACGGUCACUACCUCGAGUACAAGCAGCUCAAGAAGAAGCUACGGACGGUGCUGGAGGCCCAGCGUGAAGAAACGCGCGGAGAACAGGAGAACUUCAAGCAAGCACUGGACUCGGAAGUGGAGCGUGUGGUGCUCUUUUUCCUGACCAAGCAAGGAGACUUUGCCACGACGCUCCAGGCCUUACGCACGCAGCAGCUAAACUUGGCUGCUGGAGAUCUCGAGGCUAUGCACUCUAUUGCCGACAAGUACCGACGGGUGGGGGAUGACCUGGUGCAGCUGCUGUACUUUGUCACCCUCAACGCGACGGGGAUCCGCAAGAUCCUCAAGAAACAUGACAAGACGCUCAAGGAGUACAAGAUCAUGGGCUCGUACUUGUCGUCCCGAACGGACUCGCAGGCGUCGCACAUGCAGCAGCUGUACCAUGACGAAGGCAUUUCCGCAAUUAUUGCUAGUAUCCGCUCGGCGCUUACAAAGUUGCGGAAACUGGAAGUCCAGCUGGCAACGGAUGCCACGGACAAAGCGGUAAGCCGGACAAUUUCUGAAGAUGAGCCAGUGCUGAGUCGAAUUGGUCAAGCGCGUCGACGACUGCAUCAGUCGACGCAGUACGUGAAGACGGUAGCUGCGCGGUCGCUUAUUUUUGAUGCCGAGUCGUCGGAAGAUGAAGAUGACGAGACGUACGACAUGCUCAAGCGGCUGAAACAAGCUUCCAAGCCAUCGCGUGUGCUCAACAUGCUCAACACGUUCUUGUACAUGACGAAUUACUACAUCGUGGCUCCUACGAGUGGAAAGUACGCAGCUGAUUUGGGUGCUGAUGCCUCGAUGAGUGGUGUCAUUGUAGGUAUGACACCCGUUGCCUCUCUUGCAAGUGCAGUGCUGUAUAGUUGGUGGGCCAAUCGCUCGUACAAGAACUCGCUGAGUUUUGCCACGGUGUGCCUAAUCCUGGGCAAUUUGUUGUACGGCAUGGCACUGUCGUACAACAGUGUCGCGAUGGCGUUAACUGGACGUAUGCUCAAUGGGUUUGGUGGUGCCCGUGCAAUCAAUCGCCGCUAUAUUGCUGACAACUACUCUCGAGAGGAACGGACGCAGGCAUCAGCGCUCUUUGUGACUGCUAGUGCACUCGGCAUGGCAGCAGGCCCGGCUCUCGCGGCUGGGCUGCACUACCUGCCUGACUGCGAGUUUGCUGGUAUCGAGAUCACAACGGAAUCCUCACCAGGAUGGAUCAUGUUUGUGCUGUGGAGCAUCUAUCUCAUCGCUUUGGUGGUUUUGUUCGAGGAGCCUGACCGUCUGGAACGAGAACGCUUCCUGGAGCAACGACGAUUGUUGCUGGAAAACGGAAAAGUGAAUACGAGCAAGCUUGCAGCGGCCGUCGAAAUGGAAGAAGUCACGCCACUGAUUUCGCGAACCUCCUCAAUGGCGGGCAAUCCUUCAGCCCUGUCAUCUCUUUGGCACAACGUGCCCGUCGUGGCAUCCCUGUUCAUCUACAUCGUUCUCAAGUUGGUACUGGAAUGUCUUAUCACGGCCAGCUCGACCAUUGCUAUGUACCACUUCAAUUGGGGUUCCAGCACCAACGGCAUGUAUCUUGCUGCAUUAGGGCUCCUAAUGUUUCCGACCAAUAUGGUGGUGGGCUGGAUGAGCUUUCGCUACGAAGACAGAGAGAUGAUGAUGCUGUCCGAAUGUGCCAUGUUUAUCGGUGUAAGCGUUAUCGUGAACUAUGGCCACUACACCGUCGCGCAAUUUGUUGCCGGAGGUGUGCUGAUUUUCAUUUCCACGAACGUGCUGGAAGGCGUGAAUAUGUCGCUGCUGUCCAAGACGAUCCCAAGGUCUUUUGCAAAAGGCACGUUCAACUCUGGAUUGCUGGCCACAGAAGCUGGUACGUUUGGACGGGCUAUCGGUGACGUUGCGAUCACAGUCGCGGGCUUGCCCGGUAUCCAGUACGUUCUCAACUGGACGUUCGUGCCACUUGUUGGCAUUUCUCUCCUGACAAUUCUCUACACUUGUCGAGUGUACCGCACGCUUGUCACCGACGAUUAG